CUUAUAAUGAGCAGGUCAUAAGGGCGGGAUUAUCUGGCUGAGGGAGGCUGGGCACAUCCUCGUGUUUCUUAUCUCCAACUUCCAGAGUUUUGAGUUUCUUUGCAAUCACCAACAUUUCAAAGUAUGCCUCUAUUUGGUAAGCCAAAAAGCCCUCGUGAAUUAAUCCAAACUGUUAAUGAGAACAUAAUCAUUUUAAGUAACUGUGCCAAAACCGACAAAGAGCGGAAAAAAGCUGUUGAAGAUAUAGCAAGGGCUUUGACUGCUCUUCGGGAGCUGCUGACGGAUAAGUCAGAUACUCGAUUGACUGGCAAAGAACGAGAUUCAGAAUUAUCGAACUCUGAACGAGCACGAAUUAAUGAAAUCAUAACAGAUGUAACUCAUGAAAUCAUCAACCUCAAUCUUUUGCCACUUCUCGUAAACAAUUUGGAUGCCAUAGAGUUUGAGAGUUCUAAACAUAUCGUUGAUCUUUUCGGCCAUAUUAUGAGGCGACAGGUCGGAUCUUAUAAUCCUGCAGCUCAAUAUCUUCUGGCUAACUCUCAAAUUCUAAUAUCUAUUCUCCAAGGAUACUCCAAACCUGACACUGCUAUACACUAUGGUGCAAUGCUUCGGGAUGCAUGUCGACAUGAAUCUUUAGCCAAAGUUGUUCUUCGUUCACCAGAAUUUUAUCAGUUAUUUGAACAUGUACAAGGCACAGCAUUUGAUGUGAGCUCAGAUGCUUUUGCUACAUUGAAAGAUUUGCUUACUCGUCAUAAGGCUCUUGUAGCAGAUUUUCUAUCAGCUAACUAUGAUGUAUUUUUUGACCAUUAUAUGCAUAUGAUUUUAUCAGAUAAUUACGUCACAAAAAGGCAAGCAUUAAAGUUGUUAGGAGAGCUUUUACUUGAUCGGCAUAACAUCUCAAUAAUGACCAAAUAUAUUGCAGAUCCGGAAAACCUCAAAGUCAUUAUGAAUAUGUUGAAAAGUAAAGAAAAGCAAAUUGCUUUUGAGGCGUUUCAUUGUUUUAAGGUCGACAGGUAUUUUUUCGGUAAUUAAUUCACUUACAACUGUAUGGACUCAUCAAUAGAUAUCAUAUAAGUAAAUAAAUAUUUAUGCAAAAUAGCUUGAGUGAUUGCUCUUUCAGCCUAACAUAACUUACGAAUUGUUCGUAACUCACUAUCUUGCUGAAAUGGUAAGUUUGUGAUAAACAAGUAAUAUAGCAUAAGUUUAAAGAUCUCAAGGUAUCAUUGGUGGAAACAGCAUAUUAUAAAGGCUGUCUAACUGUAUGAAGUGUGACAAAUAUGCAUUGAUGAACGAAGUCAGCGUUUUAUAUAUUUUAGUUCGUGUGCGGCUUGAAAAUCAUAUCAGCUUAUUGAUUACAGCUUUGUAGGUAUCCUGUAGAUAUUCUGUUUCGAGCAAAUGUUUCGAUUUAUCUUAAUAUUCUAAUUUCUGCUUGCAUAAUUCGUGUUGAAACCCGAGACAAAAGAGUCUUUCGAUUUUUUGACAGUGUUUUCAUGGGUAACUCAUGAGCUCCCAUGUCUUAACAAAGUUCAUUGAUGCUGUCAUUAAAUGUACUAACCUCAAAUAUUAAUUAUUCUAUUGCGUUGUUACAUUCUUUUUAACCUCUGGCAAUCAACAAAACUCACAGUAGAUAAGGUUUAUAUUCAAUAUGAUCAGUUAGGUGGAUUUUCCAAUUGGCUUAAUAGUCUACUGUGGGAAGUAAAUGAAAUAUUUUAGAUAGUAUUUUAUGACUUCUGAAAAUCCUUUGGUGUUGUGAAUAUGUCACCGAUGAGUUUACAUUUGGACUAAGUUUUGGUCCUGAAUUUCCUACGGCUGGAGUCGGACGAUUAAACACUGACUACCGUAAGUCGUUUUAUGAGUAGUUUUGCCUAGUAGCCAUGUCGGUCAAUAAACAUCGAUUACUACCUAUAAUGAGAGAAAACUAGACGAUAUACUGGUAUUUAUUUAGUAAGAUGCUAGUUUAUUUGAACAAGUGAAUAAUUUUACAUCGGAUCAUAAUUAAGUUGAUGUGUCUACUUUAAGAGCAAUAGUUUAUCGAUGAUAUCAGUAGAUUAAUCUGUUAUUGAUUCAUUAUAUAAACCGACAGUAAUUAUCACGGUGAAUAAUAUUAUGUGGAUGCAAAAUUUAUUUCUCUGUGUUAUCGCUUUUCUUGUCUAAAUGUAGACUUUUUCCAAGUUGACUUCCACCUUUCAGUCUACGAUGGAAUAAUGAUGUGUAUUGUUAAAUUGGUUUAUUAUGGUGUGAUAUUAUUUUAAAAAUCAUCCUUCUUGAAUCUUCAAUGCUUAUCAAGAUUUCACAUGUUCCUCUUUUUUUGGUUCUUCUGAAAAGUACAUCUACACAUGAGUGGAUAGUUGAGUUGCAUGUCACUUGUGUUUGUAAUAUAAGAUCUUUUAUUAUUCGAUUGCAUGUCUUCAUGUGAAUUAACAAAACGUAUGUACGUGCAUGUUCAAGUUUACAUAUCCAAUAGCUUAAAGUGUAAUAAUUGGUUUAGUUUAUCUAAAACCCUGCUUAUUACACCUAAUGAAGAUCAAUCGUAAAGUAAUGAUAUAUUUGUAAGUAGAGAUCAGAAUUUCUUACGUUUUCCAGCUUAGUUUAAAUUUCCUCUUCAAGAGAGGAAAUAAAUAAAUAAACGAUAAUGAUGAUAAUAAUAAUAUUUAUUAUUAGCUUUAUUCAAUAUUAUGUUUUUUGGUACAGUAUAGAAUUCUCAACACAAAAUAUUUGAAAAUGUUUCCGUUUCUUACUUCUUGGUCGAUCCUGACAAUAAAUAUUUGGUAAUCGCCAGUUAGAAGUUAGCAGUCCAGUGAGUAGAUAUCUAAGUAAUGUACAUUCUUUAAGCUGCAUAUCACCAGGAACCACGAUAUCUCCGGUUGGGCCUUUUGUAACUUGUACAUCGAGAGGUUGUACAAUUUUCAUAAACGCUCUUGAAUAGGUUAUGCGAUUAAUAGCCAUAAUGAUGUAUUAAAAUAAAUUGUUUAAAUAUCUAGAUGUCAGGAACAAGUAGCCCAGGUGUUCAAACAGGCCGCCAUUGAUAAUACCCGAAAUACAUUGAGAUGAGUUUAUUUAGUAAAGAAGAACAAGAUAGAACAUUAAGCUCAAGGAGAAUCAAAAUAAGUUUGAUUAUGUCAUUCACGUCGUUUUUGGUUAAGGUAGUUUUUUAUGUGACAUCACCUUAUGUAUGAUGAUGGGUGGGAAAAAUAUGAAAGGUCCAAGUUGGAUGGGUAGUACAGCUUUCCUUUCCAUUGAGAGCAAAGGGAUUUAGGAUUUUAUGGAACGCCUCAACUACUGGUCUGUCAUGAUAAUUGGAGAAACCUUUCUCAAUUAUUUUUUAUUUUUAAUAUUGAUUUGGUGGUUAUUGAAUAUAGUAUGUACUGGUAUUCUUAUUGGACUUGUAGAUUUCCAUGUUUUACGCGAUUAUCAGAGGGUCUUUUUGUAUAACUUGGGUGUUCCUUGACAUUAGUCGAAAUUUCACGAAACGAUUCCUCAAUGUAGAACUCAUCACGCUCGACACAAACUAAUCUGUAGACAUAAUUGUGUAUACAUCUAGAAGAGAGAAAUUUUUCUAAAGAUUAUUUAACAGAAAACUAAUUCAACAGAAAUUCACAGAUUCAUGUUCCAAUUAAUGAGAAACAUUUCUUUGGUUUAUAAUUUACCACAUUGUAGAAUCUUUUCCCUUAAAACACUACAAAUUAUUUUUAAUUACACAUUUUCCCGUGCCUUCCCUGUUGAUCGCAACGUUUUUUCCUUUUGCCUAAUACCAUUUUCAUUCAUUCAUUGUAACAACUUGAUAAAAAAGUGGUUUAAAAACAGUCUAAGCACCAAUAUUGACAGCUAUUGUCAAAAAACUUACUGAUUAAUAAUGUAUGGUAUAAUUGACUUCAUCAAUUAGGUGAAAAUAAUGAUAUUGUCGGAUUAUCAUAACUGAGCUUUUAUUUCUAUACUUCCAUUGGCUAAUUUCUAGUUUUUAUCUUUAUAGGUGUUUGUUGCAAAUCCAAACAAGCCACCAGCUGUUCAUAUGAUUCUAUUUCGUAAUCAGGAAAAAUUGCUAUCCUUUCUGACAGAUUUUCAAACUGAACGUACAGAUGAUGGUCAAUUCAAUGACGAGAAACAGUAUUUGAUCAAACAGAUUAGAGAAUUGAAACCAGUGCCUAUUUCUUCUAAUCCAAAUCCCACAUAAUUGAGCUCAAUUGCACGUUCUACCUAAUAGAAAUUUUUGGUCUUGUUCUUGUCAUUAUUUAAUGUGUCAGAUUUGUAUAAAAUAUGGUCUAUGCCGUACAUUCUUCAAUUAUAAUAUGUAGUCAGUACUCGAUUUUAGAUCCUCUAACACGUUUUGUGUAAUAAUUGAUAAAUAUUCUGUCAGUAAUUGUCUUUAUGUUGCAAAGACUUAAAUAUUUUUGAGAAAACUAUUAUUUACCAUAAGCAAUUUUCAUGUAUUAUCUCAUAACUUUACUAAAAGAAGAGUAAUUUUUAAUGCCUCUGUUUGUUGAUAAUCUUCUUGUUGUAUACUACACUUGUUAUACUUGUUACCAUCAUACAUUGUUAAUCCGAGUUAUGUAACCUUAUUGGCUAUAAAUAAUUUUACAACUCUUUCAUCAUACAAUUUUCUCUUUUUUGCAUACAAACUUUUUCGUUAUUUCACUCAAUCGAAUAAUUUAUUUUAGUUCAGUUAGAUUUAUGCGAAAUAUUUUUUAUCCGUUUAUGUUGAUGGGACAAAUUAGCUGUAUUUUACAAAUUUUUUGUACAACACUCAAAUUUUGUAGAACAUAGCAUUGAAUGUGUAUAUAUACUUCUUUAGACGUCCACCUGUCUUUCCAUGAUAAUUCUGUGUAGUUAAGUCCUGCAUAUUGAUUCAGCCUGUUGAUUUUUCCCGUUUUGUUUUCCUUCUUUCCUGCUAGAUUUUUUGCAUAUUAAAGACUGUUAGUCGCGGAAUUGUCAGAGAAAUUGGAUUUCUUUUUUCGUAGUCUAUGUAGAGUAUUUUUGUUGAACCAAUAAAUUUUUUUGAUGUAAAAAUCAUUAUUUACUUACUAUUAAAUUUUUUUGAUAGUAUAUAGUAAUAAUGGAGUAAUUGGAUUCUGUUCUCUUUCUCCCAAACUGUUUCUUCCUCCAAUAAAUAUUUCUCUACAUUAAAGUACUUUCAAUAAUUCUAAAUUUCUAUUUUCCUACCUAUGAUUUUCUUUUUACUGUUAAUAUUAUGAUUGUAGCAAUUGUGGAUGCGUAUAAUUCUUGUUGAGAAUCCUCGCCUGGUCUUUUGUUAUUAUUAUUCAUAAUUCUACUUUACUCUUGUACACAUAUUUAGUAAUGGGAACAUAUAGAUUGAAUAAUUGGUGUUCUACUAUGUUAGCGUAUUUCUUAUUAUUAUACCCUACAUCCUCUUACAAUUUAAACCAAGCAGAUUAGUUAAUCAAUGUUAAUUUAUCUACCAGUGUGAUUAACAAUGAAUUUAAUCUUGGAA